AUGGACCGCAUUGGUCGUUUACACGCUCUCCGGAGAACAAUAGACAGUCUUCCUACGUUUUUCCGAUCAGGCAAUGCAGUCCGCUUGACACGCCCUUUUUCCUCGUCGGCAAACCCGCUGCAACAAGAGGAUAAUAGCAGCAGCAACAGCAACAGCAUCAACAUCAUUCGCAGAACACCGGUUGCUAGUAAUAAUGCGCCCCGCACCACCCGGCCUCGUGCUGUAGAUGCCAGAUCACUGGGCGCUGCGAAUGCGGGCGAUGGAACUAUUAUUCGAGCACCUAGGCUCCAGCUCAAGCGCUCUUUGCUGCGUGGAAGGGGCGGUACUGGUGCUCGGACAGGAGGGAGAGUGGGAGCUGCAGCAAAAUCCAGAGCUCGAGGCAAAGGUGCAGAAGCGGGAGCGAAGCGCGUGAGACGAAAGCGAUCGGAUGAAGAAGAUGGAGACGAAGGGCGAGACGCAGACGUGGAAGCAGCCUUUGCCGAGGUGAGGAACAAAUCGAAGCCCAAGGCUUUUCGAUACUCGCCCGUUCAGUACGACGCUACCGCAUUGAAAGAUACCUGGCCCGCCUUGCCCGUUGGGAAAACGGCGUCUGCUGGUUCCGUGCUGGAGCGAUUGAGUCUGUCCAGUCGUCGGUAUCCGAAUGGCUACGUGCCUCCUCAAGAACUUGCCAAGCGACUGUUUGAAGGCGAGAGAGUGCUUUUCACUAGCGAGGAAGAGAAGGCGCAGGCCAUGGAAGAAGUGAACAAGCUCGCGCAAGAACGAGCGAACAAGUUGACUCAACGCAAGGGCGAACUCGUUGAGAUUGAGGACUCGAGUUUCGUUUCAAUCAAUGACGCGGAGCGGAAAGCCUUGGUUGGCCAGCUCGUGCGCGGCAAUUAUGAGAAUUGGCAACAGGGCGAUGCUCGCCAUCCGAUCCUGGACGAGGUGCAGAGACAGCUUUACAACAACGAGACUUAUCGUAUUACGGGGAAACAGUCUGAGUUUAUGAGCAAGUUUCAAUCUCUGCUCGCUUCGUCGCAGCGUGUGAAGCGGGCAUAA